GGGAUUGAUUGGUGGUGAGUUAUACUUCUCGAAUCAUUGCAUACACCUAUCGCUGUAGAUUUUGGUCGUGAUUUGAGAAGAACUCAGUUUGAACUCUUUCUAGAAAACGACAACCAAAACCCCUGAUGCCAUGUCGACAUCACAACACAGAGACCAACAAUCGUAGGACCAACUUUUACUUGUGCUGCAACAACAACAACAAAAAGAUUUCAAGGUUGACAGCCUCCUCCGUCCAAGCGGACAACCCCACUGUUAGCUAGAGAUGGCCAAAUGGGCGCCGGACCCGCUAGGCACGAUUAGAAAAUUAGGUCGGGCCUUCCAAGCUCGUAUCGGGCCAAAAAACGUGUUUCAGGCUAGGUUUUCAGGCUUUGUGUACAUCUAUACUGUCAGCGAACCGAUUGCCUCUUGCCCACGAGCGUCAAAGAGAGAAAUUGACGGGUUCGUUUGGCAGACCUUCGCUCCAUGAUUCUCUAGCUCCGAGAGCCGAUUCUUUAAUAGAGUGAUUCCGAGUGAUUCUCAAUUAGAAUUGAAUCUAUUUAACGAAAAUCGUUUGACAAAUAGGUCGCGAAGUGAUUCCUGAGAGAUUAGAGAGUGGGAGCAGGUUGGGAGCGGUGGGAAGUAGGGUUUUUUGACUUCCACUUUAUAGUAUAAAAUAGAGACUAGAUUCACUUUAUUCUCAUCAUAGAGUAGUUUAGAUUUUUACCAUUUAACUCUAUAAAUUGAUUCUUGCUCGGAGCGAAACCGUAUCAACUUUGCCAAACCCCCCCGGAAUGGAAGCCAAAGUUCAAUUACACAGAGGAAUCCUAUUCCUUGAGGUCAUGUUCGUUUGAUCCUAAAACCAUAGGGAUUGAGGGGGAUUGAAGAGGCCCCCUCAAUCCCUAUGGAUGAGCACAAAACGAACAGGGACUGAAGCGAAAGAAAGCUACUGACAUGUGGGGACUUUAGGUACCUAGGCUCACAGCUCGCGACUCGCAAGGAGGAGCUUGCGGCAGCUCGGUAUGAAAAAGGGCAUCUGUCUUCUUUAUCCAUCGUCCGUCUCCUUCCACCCAGACACAGGCCAGGCGGGCCCAUUGUUGCCCAAGACCCUGGAAUCCGGAGCAGGAGUCCUCUCUCUCUCUGACUCUCUCCUGAGGGGGAGGAGGAGGAGGAGGAGGCAGAGGCGGAAGAGCAACCACCAAGCAGCAGAGCGCGAGGCGACACGGGGACGGAGCCCUGGAGGUCUCUCGCGAGUCCAGAGGCGAUCGACGGAGUCGCGAUUCGUCUCCCAGUACCGACUAAUCUCUCGCUCCCGCUUCCGCUUCCGCUUCGAUCCCGUGCUGCUUGCCCACUGCUGUAAUCUCGUGCUUGCCCAGUGCUCUAGUUCGAGCACUCUCUUGCUUCUCGCUUCGCUUCGCUGCCUGCCGCGCUGCGUCGAGAGCUUUCGCCUUGCACCGGCGAUUGCCCCGACACGAUUGCGUCCGGUUUUUCUUCUAGGUUCUGCGUAGAUAGAUAGAUAGGUAUAUAUUUUUCGAGUCCAAUUACGGGGUGCUUCUGGCACUGGUGAGGAAGGCUAUUAGGGUUGCCUGCCUGUGUGUGCUGACCGUGAACGGAAGCGAAGGUUUCUCGCGCUAAUCUGCCAGGACGCUUUGUUCUUUCCUGGCCCUUGGUAGUUAGCAGGGUGUCUCCAACCAUUACACUGUCAAGUCUGGACUCUGGAAGGGUUAAAAUCUCAUGAAAGUAACGACGCCAAUCGUGCCAGCACUGCUACGCUACGAGCCAUUGCACCGUUCUGUGUCUCUGCGUGAACCAACAAUUUCCAUGGGUUCGGCCAAAAAUUCCUGCCCUCCGAUUAUCCUGGUUCUUCCUACUACUGUAAGCAGUUUACUCCGUGAUAUUUAGAACCGUCUCCAUUGCGGUACUACUUAGAUAUUGCUGCAUUGUUAAGCUCUUUCCGCACCAUUCGUAUUUAUCACAUGAUUCCCUGUCCUUCUUGCAUCAGCACAGGGUUUCUCUUUGUAGGGAUAUGAACAACGGGACUUUGGUUUUUAACGGCAGCUAGAGGGUAGCCUGGAGUGAGCAUUUCAUUCUGGAGAUACAAUGGGUGGCUGCUGCUGCUGCUGCUGUUCUGCAAGGGCAUCUGAUUCAGAUAGAGCACCGGUGCGCAUCUAUAUGUGGAGAAGUCAGGCAUUAAAAUCAAAACUGACGGGCAGCAGUCCCCAAAAGUGGACGAAUUUGAGUCGUGCGAAAAAGGUGCCCCUGAGGAUAAGGCUGAUGAGGAGGAGGAUGUUUGUCCAAUAUGUCUUGAAGAAUACGACAAAGAAAAUCCACGUUCGGUCACCAAGUGCGAGCAUCAUUUCCAUCUCUGUUGCAUACUCGAAUGGAUGGAGAGGAGCGAGACAUGCCCAGUCUGUGACCAGAUAACUCUGAUAGAUGGGAUGUACGAAUAGCAUUCUUGGCGGCGGUUCCUGUUGAGUUGGCGUUCUUUGUUUUUGUUUUUGUUGUGGUCUGGUCUGGACGGCUGUCUGGUGGAGGAGAUGGUUGAUGAGUCUUGGCAAAAAAAUAAUUUAUAGAAGAAAAAUGACAUGAAAUUGUGCUAGAGUCGCCUGUGUCCUGUUUUUACCUGAAAACCCUGUGAGAUUUGCUCCCUGGUUUCCUCUUGCUUGGUUUGCGUGUUCAUUCUUCCAUUUAGAUUUCAGUUUCUCAGUGCCUGUGUGACAGGGAAAUCAUCUGUAUUGUACAGUUAGUCUGAAACGGUGACAGAAAAGAAGAAAAGCUGAUUCUACCAUAUGGUUGGUUUGAACUUUGUCCAAUCUUGCUGGCCUAAUGGCACAAGGUCGUUUGCCAGGUCAGACCGCUCGUCCUCUCCCUGCCACGCGGUCUCAGAUAUAUGGAUUCCACUCCAUAUUAUAUAUCUGAGCCCUCUUCCUCAUUUACCAUAGGAGUAGUAGCAGUAUACUUUGGAGUUAGAGCGAGUGUUUUCAUUCAUGGUCAUGGUCUAGCUAGCUGAUUAAUUAUUCGAAUGUGCUCACCUGCCGUUAAUUAGUUCCUUCUCAAACAGCAGUUCCUAGUUAUUGAAUCAUUUGUUUUCUAAUAGACUAGGUUGUUAAAAAUGCAUUUGUGUUUUUACAUACAUCCUAGUCGGUCUUAGUAUGAGAUGAAAGAAGAAUAAUCACCUGUUUGGAGCUCUGCAGCCAGCCUUGUGGAUCAAAAUUGAUAAAGUCACCAUAUAUAGAUAACGAGAAUAAUGCCCUUGUUAAAGAGUGCGCGCACAUGAGUGAGGAACGUAGUGAAGGUCACAGGGGGUAAAUGGGAGCCAAUAAAAAUCUUUGUCUUGCUUCCCUAAUAUCACACCCUAAACUUCAAAACUGCAAAUAGCACACAUGAGUUGAGAAAAAAGUUUCUUGGACAUACACGAGUUCAACGAAACAAACGGAUCGCAAAACAUACAUUGAAAAGUUUGAAACAACCCCAAAACCUUGUCUACCAAUCUAUCUUUAUCUUUGUUGCGAACUACCAUCCUAUCCUUACCCUAUUUGUUUUUAAAAUCCAUUUGGUACCUAUGGGGUGGCAGUUUUGUGGAGGUGAUACCAAAAGCCGAACUCGAUUUCUUUCAAAUAUUUCGAGCUCCUAAUGCAUGUCAUUAACCCAACUAGUAUCAGAUAAAGCAUGUCCAACAUCUCGGGGCUCAAAAGAGGCAACGACUGCAGAAUGAACUAUGUGAGAAAUAUGUUGUGACCUGAAUCGAGUGACUCGCUCGUGAAGCUCACUGAUCAUCUAUUUAGGUGGGCGACAAUGUUGAAUGUGUCGUGAUGCGUCUCUCGAAGAGGUCACCUCCCCCUCAACAGCAACCUGAUCGCCUCUAGGCUCAGCAACCUCCGGCUCAAGUGGACCCCAAGUAAUGGAAGAAGCGAUGUUAGGUCUGUCAGCUGAAGUAGUGGAAGCAGGCUCGACUGAGACAACCGAUGGAGACGGCUCAGGAUCACCUCGAUCGUUGUCAUCUUGCCCUUCCUCCAUAAAAUAGUCUCUCCUAUCUGUCCAUUAUCUGCAUGCUCAAAAUAGGGUUUGUACAAGGCAUAGUCUCAUCGAAAGUUACCUAAGAAGUCUCCACAAUACAAUUAGUUUCAAGGUUAAGUAUGCGAUAACCAAGAAAAAUUUCGUCAAAAGACUAUGACUCAAAUUUGUUUAAAUUUUCCAGUUUGAGCAUAUAACAUUUAAACCAAACACUCUGAAAUGACUUACCUUGGGUGGUCGUCCAAAUCACAACACAUAAGAAGUUUUGUUCAAAAAAGCUCAAAGAAAAAUGCAAUUGGACACAUGGCAAGCUAUGUUGACCGCUUCAACCCAAAACUUUCUAAGAGUCCUAUGCUCAUGGAGCCUCAUCCUAGCCAUCUUAACAAGGUUCUGAUUUUUGCGUUCAACAAUGCCAUUCUAUCAAGGUACAUAUAGAGAAGAAAAUUGAUGCUCAAGACCCAAAAAAGCACAAAAAGUCUCAAAAUGAGUAUUCUUGAAUUAUGUGCCAUUAUCACUGUGAAUCGCUCUCAUGGCAUUCUUGUGAAUCACUCUCACUGUGCAUCUCGAGCAUGUGAAAAAUCUCAUCCUUCUCCUUCAUGAAAACACCCAAGAGUAGCAAGAAAAGUCGUCAACAAUCACCAAAGCACACCACUUCUCCCUAAUGGAGCAAACCCGAGCUAGACCAACUGUGUCUAUGUGUAGCAACUCGCUGGGUUGCUUGGUCAUCACUUUGAUGACUAGGGGUGAGAAGUGACAACCAUCUUUCCAUGACGACAAGGUUGACAACUUUCUCAUACUUUAAUUUGGGUAAUCCUUAGAUGAGAUCAAGUGAGCUUAAUCGAACCAAAAGAUCAAAGCUCAAAUGACCUAACCUCCUAUGCCUCUUCCAAAUUUGAGAGGAAGAUCUUGCAACAAUAAAUCGAGAGGGUCCAAAAGAAUGAGAAAACUCAGCCCAAAAAACUCGUCCAAAUGGGGAAAUCUGACAAAAAGGUCCCCCUUGCCAUCCAAAACACGAGAAAGACCCUUAUUAAAGUGCACUUCAAAAAAGUGCUCAAAGAGUUACAAAACUGAGAGCAAAUUAAAAUGCAAAUUGGAAACCAACACAACAGCCUUAAGAACAAAGUUCUCGUUCACUCGAAUGGUGCCAUGAGUGACAAACUUACCUUUUGAAUUAUCCCCGAAAGUGAUGUACUCCUUACCGAUCACGAGGUUGAGGCUAGAGAACCAUCUAGUGUUUCUGGUCAUGCGGCGUGAAUAUCAAGAAUCCAUGAGUUACAUGUUCUCUAGAAUUCCGUCCUGCAUCAAUAAAAGGACAUUAGGUGAGCAAAUGACAUAACACUAGGGUUAAUAAACUAUGAAGAAUACCAGUGUUGCAACAUGUGUCCCUAAAAAGUGUUAGAAAAAACACCUAACAUUCUUGGCCCCAUUUAGGGUAGCGAUCACCACGAGAAUGAAACCAUGGUCCGCUAGAGCUGUGGGAACCAAAGCCUCUACCACGGGAUCUUUGGUCAUAUGACACAUGAUCAACACCCUACCGGGCAUGACCACCAUGUGGUCUCACUUCUUGAGACCUAGCCACCUGAAAGUCGCCUAAAGGGGGGUGAAUAGGCAAAACCUGAAAUUUACAAACUUAAACACGCUCUAUGCUCGGGGUUAGCGUUAGAAAUAAUUCGGAGUGCAGAAGAUAGUUCUUGCUAUGAGUUGCUCAAUCAAUACGGAUAACUUUGGGAGCCAACUCAAAUUAAUAUGAGCAAGGGAAAUUUUGGAGAGAGAGAGAGAGGAAAGAAGGGAAACAAAUCGAGUGAAGAUCAACACAAGUGAACACGACGAUUUGUUUACCGAGGUUCAGUUAUAAAGAAACUAGUCCCCGUUAAAGAGGCCACAAAGGCCGGGUCUAUUCCAACUCUUUCCCUCUCUCAAUCGGCCACACAGAUCGGUCGAGGCUUCUCUUUAAUCACUUGGGUCACUAAGACCCCACAAGGAUCACCACACACUUAGGUGUCUCUUGCUAGCUUUACAAAGCACUUAGAAGAAUGAGAAUGAGAAGGAGAAAGCAAUCCAAGCAACAAGAGCAACAAAAGAACACAAAACACCCUCUCUUAAGUCACUAAGCAAUUGAGUUGAUUUGGAGGGUUGGAGAGGGUUUGGUCUAUUGAUUGUGUCUUGGAGAGUAGCCUUUUGCUCUUGUAUUGAAUGUUGAGUUCAGAAAACUUGGAUGGCUUGAAUGGAAGUGGUUGGGGGUAUUUAUAGCCCCAACCAAUAUUCUAGCCAUUAUUGUCGUUGGUGCAUCGGAAAGGUACUGCUCACUAUCUGGUGCCUGCCACGUCAGUAGACCGUUAGGGUUUGGAGCGGUUGACCGUUGAAGUCCUUUGUCUUCUUGCUGCACCGGACAGUCCGGUGGCACACCGGACAGUCCGGUGGCACACCGGACAUGUCCAGUGCGUUCUGACUUCUGCACUUUGCGCUUUUACUGUUCACAUAGUCGAUCGUUGAGCGCAGGUGAACGUUGCUCCGUUGGCUCACCGAACAUGUCUGGUGCACUCCGGACAGUACGGUGAAUUAUAGCGGAGUGUCACUCUGAGAAACCCGAGAGUGGCCAGUUGGCGAGGUGCUCGGCCUGGGCACCGGACAGUGUCCGGUGCGCCACUAGCAGCACCAUUGCUAGUCUUUCCUCCAAACUUGGUUGAGUCCCCAACUUAAUUUCUUUCUUGGUUUAUGUUGAACCUUAUGCACCUAAGAUAAAAGACAUCUAGGUAAACUAGUUAAUCCACGUGGUUUGUGAUGGACAUCAAACACCAAAAUCGAUUAUAGGAAAUGUUUUAAGCCCAUUUCCCUUUGACCACCUGAGCCAAAGCACCUAUAGGCCUACCAUCACGUCUCUAAAUAGGAGGAUCAUGCACACCGUGAUAAGGGCGGUACAUAUCCUACUGCUCACCUCAAAACUCGUCUCUCAUAUCUCUUCCUCCUAAAACAAAACACAACUAAGUGACCAUCCCUCAUGCAAUACUCGCAGUGAUACCUCACUUCUCUCUUAGGUGGGGCUUUUUGUGGGAAAGGGUCACCUUUUUCAGUGGUUGUGGUGGUCUAGGAAGGGGAUCGCUAGACAUGUCGGGCAAGGUGCCAAGUUGGUUCUUAAGAUGGUUAGGUUUAGGACACCACACUUUUUUUGACAAGCCUAACAUGCACCCAACAAGCAAAUCUAGAUUGUAACUCUUCGCACUCAUCUAGCAGGGUGGCGUACUUGUAAGUCACAAUUUAGAAUGUCCACAAAAUUUGAGCUAAAAAGAGUUUAAACUUCUAAGUCAGAUCAGAAAACUCGAACUUGACAUGGGGUUUAGUCAAAAGAGCAAAUCUAUUACAAACUUGUCCAUGAGUUGAAUCAACUGAUUUCUAAGGAUGGAAUGAACCCAUUACAAUUUCUAAUUCAAAUAUCAACCCCAAAAGACUCCCCAAACUUGUGAAGGCAAAGUUCAACUCAAAAAUUCAAAAUAGAGGGGUUGAGAGGAGAAGAAGCAUCUCAAAAGCAAAUAUCAUCAUAUUUGGAACAAUAUGAAUGCCAUGGGGACUAAGUGUGGUUACGACCACAUUUCCUCAAAAAUCAAUAAACUUAGAUGUCAUGGUUCAAAACAUCUAAGGAUCUUUUAGCUAGAAUGAGAAAGAAGAGGAUUACAAAUUAAGUGAGGGAAUGAAAGUGCUAAAGAGACAGAUGUAUUGUUCAGACCUUCCCUCCUAUUUAUAGAGGGUUAUUCCUUUUUUCUAAACUACCCCUAGAUACAUAUAGCAUAUCCCCUCAACCAGGGGAGAAAUGGACCAACACUUAGAAUUUUGAUCCGAUGGACACACAAUCUUCAUGAAGUUGCUUUGCUUUGACGCAACCUCCUCGAUGACACACCGUGUGACCUCUAAUUCCCUUCGGAACUGUGCCACUGGGUUUUGAGGCCCAAACCCAGAGAAACCUAUGAACUGUUGCGCAGGGUGGUUUUGAGGCUCAACCCUCGAAACCCCUGUGGGUAGCAUACUCCAUAUGCGCCCCACGUCAUAGACAUGUGUCCUGCCAGUCCACAACCACAUUGGUGACACGAUCCGCUCCUCCAUUCUUCGCACCUAAUAAUAUCCCCAGGUGUUAGCCACCUCGACGUUACUCAACUUCUCUAGUCCCCUAGUCAAGACUCAGUGCUUGUCCUUCGCGGCUCCCGGUCGAUCGGUACUAUUGACGCUCGUUUGGGCCAAUCAUCUAGCGCACUUUGGACCCCGCUCAUGGAGAGCAAGGAUCUAGGGUGCUCUCUUCGUGAGCAUGAACCGUCUGUUCCAAAUGGUCGGAACGUACGCAACUUAUGUAGAGGGCAACGUUUCUCUCUGCCGGGCGGCGGACCAUCCGGGCGAGCGUAAAGGCUGCGAUGAUCUGCUAUAUAGCCUGAAUUUUGUUCCCUUGGAGGGACCAAGUUAGGGAGGAAAGUUCCUAGGGUUGUCUUGGGGUCGACAAGCCACUCAAGACAUCUAUAAAUGAUGUUGAGCUGAGGAGAGGUGAAGACCAGGGAUGAAUAAUACAAGUUACUGCUACUUGAAGGACAAGAAUGUAAAGGAACUUGUAAAUAGAUUGUUUUAGUCGAUUGGGUGAAUGCCUCAAUCGCCCAUACCCUUUCUCUCUCUCUCUCACACACACACACACAUAAUAUGGAUAUGGACUCUCAUCUAAGUUAAUCUAAUCUGUAUCCAGAUGUCAAAUCUGGUGCUCAACAUGUACAAAACCACAUGACAUUCAAUUCACUUCGUCGUCGCCUAACGUCUCCGGACACUACACAUGCACAUCACAAGCGAAGAGAUAUGUUAUGCCAAUAACCUCAAGCCCCGGUUAGUCUAACCGACUCAACUCAAGAUGCUACCUUUAUUAACAAUGACUCAUCACAACCCGUACUACAAGGGUACAUAUCAACCACGUAGCCGAAGAAUUGAAAAGAGAUUGUCAUGUUCCUCUAAUUUCCUUUCUCAAGCUGGGCGAUUGGAGUUGGUAAACUUGGUUUUCUCAUCUUUACCAAUUUUUUUAUGUGCACGCUUAAAAUCCCCGUUACUACCAUUAAGCAGUAGACAUAUACAGGAAGCAUUGCCUUUGGAGAGGGAAUGACACAAAUUCAAAAAAGCCAUCGCUAGUUGCAUGGUCCAUGAUUACUAAGCCAAAAGACAGUGGAAGCCUCAGGGUGAUUAGGUUGGAGACCCAGAAUGAAGCGCUACUCCUGAAAUACUUGCACAAGUUUUUCAACAAUCAUGACUUACCAUGGAUAAACGUUAUUUGGAAUAAUUACUAUAUGUCGGGCAGACUUCCUGGUCAUAGAAGAAUUGGCUCUUUUUUGUGGAAAAGUCUACUGAACCUUCUACACAAUUUCAAGGGACUGACAUUUCCGACCAUUGGUAAUGGUAGAACCAUGCUUUUCUGGGAAGACCUGUGGAAUAGGGGUAUUCCAACACAACAAUAUCCAGAAUUAUUCUCAUUUGCAUGCAACACAAAACUUUCUAUUGAAGAGGUUAAACAACAAGAGCAUCUAUUUCAAAUUUUUCAGCUACCCCUCUCUAAGCAAGCUUAUGAGCAGUAUUUGGAGUUAAAUGAAGCCUGGGAUCAAAUCACCAUAAAUAACUCAAAAGACAGAUGGAGAUAUAUUUGGGGUUCAAAUAUCUAUUCAACAAAAAAAGACCUACAUACACCUAAUGGGGCAUACCAACGCCCAUUUUAUCUAUAAGUCGCUGUGGAAAAACAAAUGUCAACCGAAGCAUAAAGUCUUUUACUGGUUAUGGUUUAAAAAUAGACUGAACACAAGGAAUAUGCUGAGAAGAAAAAACAUGACACUUGAGUCGUAUUCGUGUGAAAAUUGUAUCUGGCAAAAGGAGGAAACACUUUAUCACCUAUUUCUUAGAUGUAACUUCGCAAAGGCCUGCUGGAAUUCCAUUGGUAUGACUCCUCCCAGAAUUGCUAAUCCGGAGGUGGCAUCGACUAACCUCAAGCAACAACUCAAUGUUCCUUUCUUUAUAGAGAUAAUUAUCUUCAUGACUUGGAGUAUCUGAAAAUGCCGAAAUGCAUGGUUAUUUGAGAACAAAGACCCAACAGUGCAACACUGCAAAAAUAAAUUCAUAAAGGAAUUACUCCUGGUCAUCCACAGAGCUAGAGGAAGAUAUGAUACCUUAAUCCCAAACUGGCUUGAUCAAUGGUAGUCUUAACUACAUAGCUCCUCUGAUUCAUCUUCUCAACUUUCUCAAUUAGAAUUUUCCAGCUCAUAUUUAUCUCAUGUGUUGUAAUUUAACAUUAUUAAUAAAGAAUUUACAGUAGGGGUUUCUACUCCUGAUCUUUCAAAAAAAAAAGCUCUUUUCCGUCCAAUGGCUAAAAUCCAACGACAACAGCUGUUGAGGCCGGCAGAAUGACGCAUUAACAAGAGUAAGGCACACAUCAAUGCACACUAGGAUCCCCAUUACCAUACUCAAUGCACACUAGGCUGCCCAUUAUCUUAUCAUACUCACCAUCGUCUUGCGUUUUCUUUGUCGUGUUUUGCAUAUUUGCUUCGCAUCUGAUGACCAGGCUAGAUCCUCGGCCGCGACAUAGCUAGGCAUUACCAAGCCUAUAGCUAGCUUAAACACUGCCUCGCCCAUAUGGAGUUGGGUCUAACAGUAGACAGGAAGAAGGACGACGAGGGUGCACCACGAGCGUCGUCGUCGUCCUCCCCUAGCUGCGAGGCCGACGACGACGAUCUGCCGAAGAAGCAGCAGCAGCGCCCCAGCGGCGACGACGACGAGGGAACAAGGCAGCCGUACAAGUGCACCUUCUGCAGGAGGGGGUUCCCGACGGCGCAGGCGCUCGGCGGCCACAUGAACGUCCACCGUCGGCACAGGGGCAGACCGGCAGCUGUUUCUACUGGCGCCGCAGCAGGAAGCAGUGCAGCCAGUGUCUACGACUACGACCAGCCGUGCUCCACCACGACGACUCCUGUUCUGGCGUUCGCCCGGCAAGCUACGACGACUCAACGGAGGCCGCACGAGCUGCCCCUGUUCGUCGCCCGCGGUGACUGCUGCGCUGCCGGCCGUGGCAGCACUGGCACCGCCGCCGGAGACGACGUACCACAAGAUCAUCGCUACUACUUGCCCAAAAACGGGGAUGGAGGGGAGGAGCUGGACUUGGAGCUCAGGCUUGGAGGUGCGGGACCAUGAACGAGUAUAACCAACCCCAUGCAUGCUUUCAGGUGUAUGAACCGGAGAAACGAUGGAGUGAUUUUAAUUAGAUUGAUCAGGGAAGGAUUUUUUUUUGAAAAGAACAGAUUUCUUUGCAGGAUUUGUGAAUGCAUGCAUGCUUUACCAUGACCAAUUUGAUCCACAAGAACCUUUUUUUAAUCAGAUUUGCUAAUAGCUACACCUACGAUUACACGUAUCUCUGAUGAUGAGGAUUAGUCAGUGCUUCCUAACUAGCUCUUUCCUUAUUCUUGAAGCUGUUGUUUACUUGGGUUUAUUUCUUGUGUUUCAGUGCAAAAUGACCUGCAUAUAUAUAUAUCUGAACCUUUUAUUUUUGGCUAGUUUAUCUUCCCUAAAAUUUGUAAGAUACAGGUUAAUGGAGGGAUAGCUACAAUCCAUUUGCGAUUAGCAUUAGGUAAACUUUAAAACAACGUUUUCGGUUAAAGAAGCUCUUGUUAACUUUACAAGAACAUUACAUUGGGGGUUGUUUACAAAGUCUUAAAAGCAAACUUUUGGUCUCUGCUUGACAUAAAGCAUACAACCAUAUGUACACUUCUGUAUACAGUUAAUUGCUAUUCUGAUCACCAAUAUAGUGUCAACACUAUUGAUGAUUUAGUUCCACUUCUCGACGAGGAUCGGAGUUGAUGACAUGUUCGAUCUUUUGACCAACUAAGCAAAGCAAAGCAAACAACUCAACUUAAUGCUGUCCUUGGUAAGAACAAGUUUUACAUCACCUCAAACCAUUCAAAUUCAGUAUAAGGGACAGGAGCUCAGCAGUUCAGCCAAGAUAAAUAUUAUAUGUCCGAUUUCAGUGGAUCUGGGACCUCUUUUGGUAUAUCAAGUGGAUGAAUAAAAUAGCUAGCGGGGUUAGUUUCAAACAUUCAAAGAUGUUGUGCUAAUUCUUUGCAAAGGUUGUUGAACCUACUCGAUUUGUCCUUGUAGUUGAAAAGUUGUUGUUUGUUUGUGGCCUCAAUGAUGAGCCAUAUAUUUCAUUCAUGCUAGUAGCACAAUGUAUACAGAUCUAUUUAAUUAGCCCGCAGCCGGCUUCAGCCGGCUUGUGCUUUAGGUUCA